AUGCCUAAUUGUAAUUUCGACAUAAAUUCAGAUGAAUAUAAGGCUUUCCAUAUAAAAUUAUCUCGUACAAGACGUCAUAUCUCCUGUGUUAAGGCUAAAAACAAAAGUUUGGUGAGAAAUGAAAACUUGGCGCAUUGUACUACAUUUUUGAAUGUCUAUUCUGUAGAUAUCUUGAAAUAUCAUUUAUCGUUAGAUACUCUACCCACUGAUAGAAAUAGUACUAUGGUUGAAUUUACUAUUGAACCAUCAAUCUUAAAUAUUAGAUCGUUGAUUCUAGAUUUUAUUUAUUCUUCUCAUACAAGAUUAUCAUUAUCUUCAAUAACAUUGUUUCAAACGUUUAAUUUGAUUGAUAAAUUUAUCAAAAAUUUUAAAAUAUCAACAAAUAAUUUCCAAUUAAUGGCAUUAACUUGUCUUUGGUUAUCUAUAAAACUUCAUGAACCAAAGGCUAAAAUUAUUUCAAUUAAUACGUUAGUUUCGUUGUGUAAUAAUUUUUUCAAUAGAGAUCAAUUCAUUAAUAUGGAAUUCACUAUUUUGAAGAGUUUUGAAUGGUCUAUUGGUUGUUUAAAUUUUACAAAUUUGUUAGAUUUAUUUCUUUUGAAUAAUGGUCAUCGCAAUAACACUUCUAUCCCAAUAAACCACUUGAUUAGAUACGGUUCUAUUAUGUUAUUAGAAUUAUUUUAUUUCCAUCCUAAAUGUUAUGAAAUUUUCCAAACAUAUUCUCAAAGUGAAAUUGUUAUGGCUUCGGUUCUUUCAGUUUCAUUAUCAUUGUCAUUAAUUUUAAAAAAUUCUUUUAAUUCACAAAACAAUUUAAAAAUCAAUUCAUUAGUAGAAGACUCGAGAUUAAUAGAUUUAAUUAAUAUUUUUAUUAAGUUUUCACAAGAUAAAAGAUCACAUCCAACUACGUUCAAUAUAAAAUAUUCCAGUCAAAAUAGAAAUUCGAGUAUUAUAUUGUCUGCCCUAAAAAACUAUAAUGAAACAAACUUGGUUCCUCCUCCUAAUUUUACAUCAACAUUAAAUACUAAUUUGAAAUUUGAUUUUGUUCCCUCCGACUCACCAAAAAUUAUUGGUUCUUCAAGCUAUCAGGCCAUUCAAAAUCAAACUCCUAAUUCUAAGCAUCCAAGUAGUGCUAAUAGCACCUCUUACUUCCAGAUGGUAUCUUCGCACGAUCUGUUGGCAACUCCAAAAACUCCAUCUAAUAACUCAAAUGGUACUUCUUCUACACCUUCUCUAUUAACUAGUGCUUCACAUACUUUAGAUCGCUCAGUGAUAAGGAAUAUCUCUGUAAAGCAUAAUAAUGCUUUAAUGACUCCAUCUACUCCAGUAUCUUCUCCACCUCCAUCAAAUCGUUCAAACGCAAACAUAUUUAAUUCAAUGACUUCACCAGGUUCUACAUAUAACCCAAUGUAUCUAUUUCCUAAUUUUCAAAAACUAUCCUUACAAAUUUCCAUUAAUACCCCUGCUCAAAUGUCAACAAUUCUUAAUAUUUUAUUUAAUCAAAAUCUAUUGAGCAAAAAGAGGUCCGCAAAUAUAAGCAAUUUAGAUAAUGAUAGUAAUGAUUAUAACGCUAAGAGAAGCAAAAGAUCCUUCCCAUGA